UCGUCUGUGACCAGAGGAAAUGUGAUUGCCUCUUCUUAGUACGUCAACAUAGCUAAAGUUGACAGUUCGUGUGGGAUGGUACUUUCGGUUUCGAAGGGAACGACGUCAACGUGAGCAAAAAGUUGGAAAAUUUCUAAAGAAAAAAAAAAAAAAAAAGAAUGUGUAAUAACUAUAGUGCAAUGAAUUUCGUGUUUUGUAAUGUGUGAUCUGUGUUACAUGAAAAUGAAAGUGAAUAUUUAUAUUCAGUAAUGGCAAACUCUGCUAACAUAUCUGUUCCUCUGGAAACCCUGAAGCAUACUAUAGCAGGCAGAGCUUGUGGAAAAGUUGAAAAUGAAAAACAAGAUUCAAGAAAAGUUGAUAUAAAUGAUGUUAAAAAAUCAUGUGAAAGUGAUGUGACUGAUGAAGCAGUUUCUUCUAGUUCCAAUAAAUCUCAUGCUGAGAGUUCCAGUUCAAGAUCUAAAGGUUCCACAUUUAGCACUAGUGAAGAUAAGCAGUUGAAUGGUGUUAAACAACUGCAUAGUGAGUCUAAAUUUACUGCUCUGGAUAGUUCUUUGCCAUUAAAUCCUGAUUGGACAGUUACUAGUGACAGCCAGAUUUGGUUGGAAUGCUGCCAAUAUAAUAAUACUUUUAGAGCAUAUGGUGGAAAUGUAAGGAGCUUUCAGCCAAGUUCGUCAAAAGUAAAUAGUAACCAAGCUGCAGUAACUUCUAAUCAAAUAUUUUCAUCUCAAACUACAAUCCCAUGUCCUCAAAUACAUCGAGAUAGUAGUACAAAUUCAAUGAAUUACAAUAGGAACUCCCAGUAUAUUGUGCAUUUGCAUGUGAAUCCCGGAGAAACUAUCUCAUUUGAUAUGGGUGAUCAUGUGCAACUAAUUCAAGUGGAAGAAGAUGAUAGAGAUUCAGUUGCAAUGUCUGCAGUUUAA